CAUAUUUAUUAAACUUAGGUACAAGGGGCAACUUGAGUUAUGUACAAAUACUCAAACCCCCCCACCCCGCAUCUCCAGGGUGAAAUAAGACCAAAUUUGCUGGAAAACUGUGGACUUGGCAACAAGCAACACAGCAGCAGAGAUGAUGAUAAUGUGGAAUCUUGCGUCAUUCAUUGUAACUCUUAUGGGUGGGAGUUGCAUUAUGUUGUGCAAUAGAUGUAUGUGGUUCAUUUCCUCUCUCCAAACACACUGUGAAAGCAUCCCAUCCGAGCGAUUUAUUCAACAGCUUCUUUUCAGUUACAGGAUCAAGAUGGUAGACACAAAAGAAGAUAACCAGCCACGUUCAGCCACUGAACAAAACACAAAAUUCAUCUGGUCACCCAAGGGGAUGAUUUUAGCUCUUGAAAUUGCUCUGUGCACCAUUAUGACUAUCUGUAAAGCAGUAUCCUUUGAAUGUUACUUGUGGGGCUGCAUUACAGAGCUGGUCUGGGCCAUUCUCAUAUUCAUCAUUUAUGCCAUGGACUUACUUACCCACCUGUACUUAUCACUGAUGUAUUUCCAAUGGCUGGACUUAUUCAGAGCAAUCACAGGAUCAGUCCUCCUUUUUGUUACUUCUCUUGUCUGUCUUCGCUGGGGAUGGGAAAUUUCCGGGGAAGUUGCUGGUUCGAUCUUUGGUUUGCUGGCAGCAGCAGCGCUUGGAUAUGAUGCUUUUGGCAUAAUCAAACGCAUAAAAAAUCUGAAACAACAGGAGGCGACUGUGACUGCUAAUGUUAUGGUCGAAAAUGUGGUUCACUGAAUACAACAGGAACUCCU